AUGGAGGGGGGCCAAGAAAGGGAGGCCUAUCUCUUUUUAAAAGAGAUUAUCAAAGAUUACAAAGUCUUCUUUGUUGGGUUGAUAGAAACUAAAAUUUCUUCUGUGGAUAGAGACUCAUUUGUAAGGAUGAUGGGUCAAGGUUGGGACUUUUUUCUGCUUCCAGCUGUUGGGCUUUCUGGUGGUAUUAUGGUUAUAUGGAGAUCAGAUAUGGCGUCUUUUUCAGUUUUGAAAACUUCAGAUCAAUGUGCCAUUGGUGAGCUCAAUGUUUUCAAGAGAGGAAUUUGGAUGAUUACUACUGUUUAUGCUAGCAAGGAGACUCUUAAAAGGAGGUGUCUAUGGGAUUUUAUUCAGGAGGCUUCUCACAAAAAUAUUCCUUCUAUUUUUAUGAAUGAGAAUGAUUAUGAUGAAGUUGGGUUUGUUGGACCAAGGUUCACUUGGUGUAACAACAAAUGGGGAGGAGAUCGAAUUUUGGAAAGACAUGAUAGGUGUUUGCUUAAUACCUUGGCCAUCAACAAAAUCCAAAUUACUUUGGUUAGACACCUUGCCAUAGUUGCUUCGGAUCAUUGUCCGAUUGUUCUGAAGAUGUUUGAGAUGGUUUGUAAAGGCAGACCUGGAUUUAAGUUUGAAGACACUUGGCUUUCCUUCAAGACAGCGGAGCAUAUUGUUUAUAGUAGGUGGAAGAAAACCUUCUGGGGAGAUGAUAUGGAGAUUCUUAAUAAAAAAUGUAAAAGAACCUUAAAAGAUUUAUUUUACUGGAGCAAGGCUAGAAUGGAGGAUUUUUCCUCGGAGAAAGACAGAUUGAAAGCUGAGAUUAUAAAUUUGCAAGAAGAAGAAUCAAGAUAUGGUUGGUUGAUUGAGGAGAAGAUUUGGUUACUUAAAGCUAAGGUUAAAGAACUUAAUGUUGUUGUUAAUAAUCUUAAUACGUGGUGGAAGCAAAGGUCAAAAGCUAAGUGGAUCAAAGAUGGUGAUGCAAAUACCAAAUUCUUCCAUUCCUUUGCUAACUCUAGGAGGAAUGCUAAUCGGAUUUCCUAA